GCAAAGACCAUAUAGUAUAUUCCCAGUUUCUACUGUAAUAAGGGGUCUUGUGGAUAGUCUGUUAGAUAUUGCUCUGUCCUAGUCUGAUGAAUACCACGAGACACGCCAAUACUGGAGACGUCCUAAUCGUGAGCGACAUGGACGAACUUCUCAGGCCAGGAGUGAUGGUCCUCUUGCGACAUUGCCGUGUCCCAACUCGUCUGACACUUCGCACCCAAUUUUACUAUUAUUCAUUCCAAUGGCGUCACCGAGGUCUUCAGUGGGCACAUCCAGAUGCAACACUGUAUCGAGGCUCAAGCACUAUCAUGCCCAAUGAUUUACGACAAGGCUUACUUGGCAACGAAUGGCGGCCCAUCGCGGCCGUUCGUCGCUGAUGGGACAGAGGCACUCUUUGGAACGCAGGUUGGCACUGUUCCAGUUGUUUCGCAACAAUAGCCGAGAUGCGUACCAAAAUGAACAGUUUUUCACACCAAGGGUGGAAUACUGCAGAGAAUCGCGACCUAAAUACAUUGUUGAAUCGUGUCCGACACGGUCUUGAUUUGUUCGGUCGAACGAAUGAGCUGUAUGACAAGAUCGAAGACAACAAAGACGUACCUGCUUAUAUUUCUGAACAAUACGAGCAGAAAGGCAGAUUCAGAUAUCUCAUGGAUCGUGAUCGGGAAGAUGUGGGGUUCGAUGAUGUUUCGAAUUUGACGUAGUCGAAGUAGAUUGUGGAAGGAGGGUAGGAGAUCAGGAGUCAAAUCUACUCAAUCGGAUUGAUUCCUGGCUCGUGUGGAUCUCCGCGAGCAGUCAAGUCUAAAGCGGAGAUGGUUUGGGCACAGGGAUGAUUUGGCCUUCAAAGGUUCACUUUCCAAACUCGAGAACAAUCUGUUCAGCCGGCUUGUGGAAUUCGUGCUCAACGUCUGCUACAGCACAGACAAAAGAGCAGCUUGGUUCCAAACGAGUGCGGGUAUGUCGGCACCAUUUGAUCAGCGCGACACGUAUUUCUUGGACAAGCUCGUGUUGUCUGUUGGAACUCAUAAUCCCCGCG